CUCUCUUCUCAAUACAAUCGAACCUGCACCCACCAACGAUAUGGCGACACUAGCAAGGAAGUUAACGACGACACCAGCGGGGAAUCUGUACCGGAGCUUCAGCUCGAGAGCACACAAGGAGAUGGCUAGACCAGUCCGAGGGAUGAAAGACCGGUUCGGAGAUGACAUUAGACGAUUUCAAUGGAUUAACGAGAAGGGUGCCAGACUUGCCAGUCUUUACGGAUUUGACCAGAUAACGACCCCCAUAUUGGAGCACUCAAAUGUGUUUGAAAGAACACUUGGAGAAGACUCGGAUGUUGUAGGAAAGGAGCUGUAUACCUUUGUCGAUAAAGGAGGAGACAGUCUGACAUUGCGCCCAGAAGGAACCGCGGGAAUUACAAGGUCCUUAAUCUCCAACAACCUGUGCCAAGAGUUGCCGCGACGGUUCUACUACUUUGGACCCAUGUUUCGACAUGAGAGACCACAGAAAGGACGCUUGCGCCAGUUUGAACAAUUUGGAGUCGAGGUAUACGGAGAAAGUCAUCCAGCAUCAGAUGUGGAGACGAUUGAGCUCGCGUCGACAUUUUUAAAGAGCUUGGGCUUAGAAUCUGCCGCGCUGGAGAUCAACUCUCUCGGUGACGACGCUUCUAGGCAGAACUACAGGAACGCCCUAAGGGACUAUUUAACGACAUAUUCAAGUGGAUUAUCACAGGACAGUCUCAGGAGGUUGUCAAUAAAUCCACUCCGGAUACUGGAUUCAAAGGAGCCACAGGAUAUUGCGAUCCUGGGAAAUUGUCCAGUUCUAUCGGACUACCUCAGUGAAUUUUCACGACAGCGCUUUGCAUUCAUUACUGAAGCCCUUUCCAGCAUGAACAUCCCCUUCACUGUCAAUCCGAGACUGGUCAGAGGUCUAGACUACUAUCAGGACACUGUCUUUGAGUUUAAAGUCUCAAGUACCGUUUUGGGCACACAGCAAGGCACCGUUCUUGCAGGAGGAAGAUAUGAUGGACUGGUCGAGAAAAUGGGUGGCCCUUCAGGUGUGUCAUCUAUUGGCUGGGCUGCAGGAUUGGAGCGACUGAGUAUGUUAUUGAACGAACAUGAUGUUCCAUCACUAGCGCGACCCGUUGCAGUCAUUGGCGUUGCAGAUCCCGAGACCGCUUCUGCUGACAACGCGGUAGCUUUGAGCACGACGCUUUACAGCCACGUAAUGGCUAUCAGUUCCUCAAUGAGACAGCAAGGCAUUCGUGUGGAGGUCAUGUAUCCCACCAGCACAGCGGGCAGCAAGAACCAGCUGAAGAAGCAGCUAUCAAAGGCGACCAAGAUCAAUGCGAGCCAUGCGGUGAUGGUCGGCUCGGAUGAGAUAAAGAUGGGCACGAGUUGGGUGAGGUGUAAGGAUCUGGAUACCGCAGAACAGAAGCUGUGCCUCAUUGAUAAUGUCAUAGAAGACUUACAAAGCUUACGAAAAUGAAGGGCAAAGGUUGAAUACAAUUGUGGUAUAAUGAAGAGG